UUUAAUACCAAGGAAGCAAUCAUAAUACGCAAAAUAUUUUUUUUGAGAAUUAGCAAUCAUUUAACAAGUGUUCGCUGCGUAGUAUUUGCGGUAUGUAAACCGGGUAUUCAAAAAUCACCAUGAUUGAUCUGUCUGUCUGUGAUCAUAAUUAGUCUGUAUCUGUAUCUUCGGUCGACAAUAACCUAACUUUGUAAAGUGAAGUGAAAUUGAUUGAAAUCGAUGGUUUCAUUUCUCUUAAAUAUUUAUUCAUUACCUCAUUUUGUUCGGGAUAAUUCAGUAUUUAUAAUUGAACAAAUUCUUUAGUACUGUUAAUUGGAAGAAAAUUAACGAUGUUUUGAGAUUAUCUUGUUUCAAUAGCUGAAUGUCAGAAUUAUGGUGAAAGAAAUAUUGAAAAAAUAUAGUGUUGCUAAGUAUAUAUUUUUCUUGAAAAAAUGAAUCCUAAAAAGACAUCUGUACGAAAGAGGCAUAAACAAAUUAAGUCACCAAAUGUUGAUAAUACUGAAGUUUUUGUAUUACCACCAAAUUUAUUGGAAAAAUUGGGCAUUAAUUUAGGCAAUGUUACAAAAGAAUUUUCAACUGAAUCUUCAACAAAAAAAGACGUAACAUCUGCAGUUGAUCCAUCAAGUGUUAAUAAAGAUGUGUUAUCUAACGUUACAUCUAGUUUGCAUACAAAUAUAAAUAACUACAAGGAAACAUCUAUGUUGGAAACUGCUAACCUCAUGAAAAAGUCGGUAUUUUUAAGCCCUACCUUUCUACCUACAAUUGCUAAUGCAAUUCCAGGUGAAAUGGAAAUUGCUAAAAUUUCUAUUCAAUCAGAAAACAAUCCUAGCGAGAAUGAUGCAUUAAAAGAAAAUAUAAACCAUGUAGUCAGUAAGACACCUGGCAACUCUGAUGGGAUAGGUUUAGUUGCUUUUGAAGAAGAAGAAUUACAUUCAAAUCUGGAUCAACAAAUAUGUUUACAAAACUUCAUGCCCGAUAAAAUAGUGCCUAAAUCAAUACAAAAGGACAAUGAAAUAUCUGAAAUAGUGUUGUAUGAACUGAAUAUAAACGACAAUUCUUUACAAAAUACAGAAGGAAAUAUAUCAAUCGAAGCACAACCUGAUGUUGUGGAGAACAGUAAUAAUAAUUCUAGAGAAUUUUCUAUGCAGAAUAGCAGGCAGUCGAGAGAGAAUACGCAAAAUAAAGUAAAUAUCAUAUCUCAAGAAAUUUUAGCUCCAUCACAGUUCAGGGAAAUUAAAGCUCUAAAGUCUCCCAAUUGUAAUUCUUUGAUUCCAGUCCCAGUAAAUGCUAUCCUCUCUAUGAACAAGAAAAAUGAUAACCUAGUCAUAGAUACGCCUAAUUGUGAACAAAACGUUAUUAACGACAUUAAUAAAAAUGAACAAAUAUUUGAGCUACAUAUUGUUAAUAAUGAGAAAGACUUUAUAUCUGAAGAUAACCAAAUCACUAAUAAUUUAAAAUUAAAAGAUAUAAAACUUGAAAAAAAUACUUUGAAUAACAAUAAUAUCAAUUUAGAAACAUUAAGCGGUACAGUUACUUGUAAAAAUAAUAUUGAUACAGUGACAGAUGUUCUUCCAUUUCAUGACCAAUGUAUGAAUUACGUAUUUAAUACAAAUAUUCAAUUAGACAGUGAAUAUACUAAUAAUCAAUGUAAAAACUUUGCAUCUGAAGCAAAAGAUAUUGUAAUUACAAAUUUCAAUAUGUCUUCGUUGGUAGUUGAUAAAAGUAAUGAUAUUAUAAGCGAUGUUUAUUCUUUUAUCCCAAUUAAUAAUAUCGUAUGCGAUAAUGAUAAAGAUGUUUUAUAUGUGAAAGAAAUAGAAGUAUCAUUAGAUAAAUGUACCCAAAAUGAUUGUCAAGAGGUUAAGACGUAUAAUAAUAAUAUUUGUAUGGAAGAAAAUAUGUUCGAGGAAAAUGUUUCAGAAUUAAACAUAGAUAACCAAGGGCAUGUAAAUCACAGUGAAAAAGAAACAAUUUCAUCGCAGUCCUUACUUACUUCUAGAACAAUUGAAAAUAUUAGUCACACAAAUAUUACCAGCGAAUAUUCAAGUUUUGUUGGUGAUGAAAGUGAUUCGGAAAAUGUAUCAAUAAUUACAAAUACUGACACAGCUAAUAAUAACGCUGAAGUUCGUAUUAGAACAUAUAAAAAUAUUAAUGCAGAUUCCACAUGUGAAAAUUGCCAACAAAUGAAACAAUUUGAUAAUGGUAAAAAUAAACAUGUAUGUACAGAUAUUUCUAAAAAACAUACCGCAGAUUUAAAUCAAGGAUAUUUUGUUAAUAUUAAAUGUAAUGAUAUUGGAACAAAUUAUGGAAAUCUUUUAGAUAAUAGCAUACAUUCAAAUAAUUUCGAAAUUGAUCCAAAAAAUAAUUUAGUAGAUAAUGAUAUUAAAGAUUUUAAUCUGCAGUCUAACCAAUUACAAAGCAAUAAUAAUUUAAUGGAUAAUACUAUAACGAUCACUACAAAAUCAUCAAUGGAUAAAAUUGGGGAAAUUGCAAGUUAUUUAAGCCAAUAUUCUCAAUUACGAAAGAAUAAAAGUAAAGCACUUAUAAAUAAACAAUACCAUAAUGAUUCAAAAAAUGUAUUAAGUAUGAAUGUUAAAAGCGGUAUGAUUAAGUCCAAGUUAUGUAUUCAGGGAGUUGAAAAACCAGGUGGAAAUGAACAGGAUAUUAAAAGUUUACAAAACCCGAGAAGCCUCAAAUCAUAUAGCAAAAAAAGACGUCAAAAACGACUUCAUAAAGAUCUGUUAUCUGAUUGUAAUAAUAUAAUUGGAGAAAAUACUAAAGAUACCGCAGAGAAUAUUGAUUGCGAUAAUGAUUUGAAAAUAAAUAAUGUGUCUAAUUUAAUACAAGAAUUUUGUUUAUGUGCUGAUUUUGGCCGUUUGGCAUAUUAUGAUUGUGUUAACCUUUAUGAACACAUCCAUUUUUGGAACCAUCCAACUGUCAAUUGCAGUACUGAUACUGUGUUAAGCAUUUAUAGUGAAGAUUCUAAUCUUGUUGAUAGAGAUUUGGUAUCCGAGAAUUUAAAUGAUGAUAGUUUUGAUAUAGUUGAAGAUACUUGUUGGAAUGUAAUGGAUUGUUAUAAAGGAGAUUUAAUUUCGACUAUUAAUGUUGACUCCAAAAUCGAAAGUAAUGCUUGUUUAGUUGGUUCUGAUUUACAUUUGGCACUAUCUGGACCAGAGUUUGUGAAUGGGCCUGAAAAUAUAGUACAUAUCAGUAAUGUCACCACUGGAAAAGUUGAUAUUGAAAAUGUUAAUAGAAAAGAAGAUAGUUCUCGUAGUACAGAAAUUCAUGUUGUUGAUAGAUCUGAUGUUAGUAAAUGUUCAAAAAAAAAUGAGUCAUUUAUGUUUAAUGGAAAAGAGACAAGCAAUAUUAAUCCAAGUAAAGAAUUAAUAACUACAAAACAAAUUACAAGUGAUAAUGCAUAUGAAAAAUCAAUUCGCCAUACAAAGGUCGAACUAACAUCAGAGGAAAAAAAGCACCGAACUACUUCAGAUAUUGAGGACGAAGAGUCGAGUAAAAAGAAUGUGAAGUGUGCCGUGUGCGGAAAACGGAUCCUAAAUGUGGAAUGGGAGCGUCAUAUCUCUGAACAGCAUUGCUAUAUUGCCUGGAAGGCCGGUGAUAAUUUUAACUGUGAAGAUUUCGAAUUGAUAAACAAAUUAAAAGGAAGACUGAACAGUCACGGCUUUUUAAAAUGUUAUCAAUGUGAUGUCGAAAUAAAUAAAUUAAAUGUUUUUAUACCGCAUAUCAGGAAUUGUUUGAAAUUAAAGGUAUCUGAUUAUGUUGAUUCCACCAAACAAAAAGAUAAUAGGGAUGCAGACAGUGAAUCAAAUUCUUUUUCAGUAGAUAAAUUAAAUAAGAACAAUGAAAAAGUUAAUGCUGUAGAUAUAAAAAGUACCAGAUUUAAUGAAGUUCCAAGCGACGGUGGGCGAUCAUUUGAAACAUGCACAGACAAACAGAUCAAUAUGUCAGAAAGUUCUAACAAAAACAUGGAUGUAAUGCUUGUUCCUGUACAGAAUAGUAGCGCCGAUAAGAGUGUAGAAUUAAAACAAAAGCGAAGGGGCAGAAAGCACCAUAUAACUUCAGAUGAUUCGCAUGAAAAUCUUAAUAAAAAAUACGUGAAGUGUGGCGUGUGUGAACAAAUGAUUGUAGAAUUAGAUUGGAAGAGCCAUAUCUCUGAAGAGCAUUGUUUUAUAGCUUGGAAAGCUGGUGAUAACUUUAACUGGGAAAACUUGGAAUUAGUAAACAAUUUAAAAGAAAGGUUGAAAAGUAAUGGUUUUUUAAAAUGCUAUCAAUGUGAUAUUAAAAUAAAGAAAACAGAAAAAUUUUUGUCACACAUCAAGAUUUGCUUAAAUUUAAAGGGUUCUAAUUCUGUUGAAAACGGGGAGCAAAAAGAUGAUGGUAACAAAGAUCAGCGUCCAGUUUAUCUGCCAGUAGAAGAAUUAAACGCCAUCUGUGGAAAAGUUGACAAUAGAAAUAACAGCGGACUUUCUGAAGUUCAAAAUGAAAGAGGCCGGAAAAUUGAAUCCAGUGCAGAUAAAAACAGCAGGAAGUCUGAAGAUAAAUUUAAUUGUAAUAACGAGAUGGGUAUAAAAAUUAUUCCUGAAGAGAACGUCGCCCUCGACAAGAGUACGGUACCAAAAGAAAAAAAAAGGGGAAGAAAGCGAAAAUUUAAUGAUUCUUAUAAUUCUGUUGUAAAGUGUGGUGUGUGUGAGCAAAUGAUUGUAGAAAUAAAUUGGAAGGAUCAUAUCUCGGAAGAUCAUUGUUUUAUAGCUUGGAAAGCCGGCGAAAAUUUUAAUUGGGAAGAUUUGGAAUUGAUAAAUAAUUUAAAACAGAGAUUAAAAAGCAAAGGUUUUUUAAAAUGUAAUCAUUGUGAUGCUGAAAUGAAGAAACCAAAAACAUUUUUGACUCAUAUGAAAGAUUGCUUACAUAUAAAAGUAGAACAAAGCGGAGAUGAACAAAUUAGAUCUGAAGAAAGGACAAGUUUUAAAGAGACGGACGAAAAGCUUAUUCCAGAGAACAGUAGUGCUGAUACGAGUGUGGUACCAACGAAAAAGCGUAGGGGAAGGAAACGUAAAACGUUGGAUGUUUCGAAUGAUGGACCAGCAAAACCAACGGUGACGUGUGGUGUUUGCAAACAUGUAGUUGAUGAAGAGGAAUGGAAGUCUCAUGUCUCUGGGAGUCAUAAUUUUGUUGCCUGGAAAGAUGGUGAUGAUUUUGAUUACGGAGAUCCAGAAUUAUUUAACACAUUGAAAGAAAAGUUAAAUGAGAAUGGUUUCCUGAUAUGCACUUUUUGUGACAUUAAAAUAAAAUCUGUAAAAAGAUUUUUAACGCAUGUGCAAAAAUGUGCAGAAUUCAAGACGACAACUGCACCUCAAAAUACACCGAAAAUUAACGAUAUAAAGAAAGAACCUGGUACGUCUGAAUCACCCGAGAUGACAACAUGCGGUGUAUGCAUGCAAGACGUUGAAAAUCGUCUCUGGGUCGAACAUAUAUCUUCACAACAUCACUAUUUGGCUUGGAAAGACGGCGAGAAGCCACUUGAUUUAAAUGACGAAGAUAUGUUAAAACGUCACUUGGUCAAUAUGGUGCAAGAACACGGCGCGUUGAUGUGUGUCAAUUGUGGCUUAUUUCGCAAAUAUACGAUGAAGACGGUCAAAUGUUUUCUCGGUCACAUCAAAACAUGUGGUUUGAAUAUUUCAUUUAAUCAAACAGAAGUAAAUGAUGAUACCAAUACAAGUACGAUUGAGUUACCAAUUAUAAAAGAAUCAAUGGAGGUUUCACUGAAACAGUACGACGUACUUGUAAGAUGUGCAGUGUGUCAAGAGAGCAUGAAUUCAUCAGAUUGGAUCGAGCAUAUAUCUAAACAACACAAUUAUUUAGCUUGGAAAGUUGGAGAUGAAGUUCCUAAUUUAGAAGACGAAACAUCGCUGUGGCAAUACCUUUACAAUAUCGCAAAGCAAGAAAACGGAUUGAUCUGCAGUAAAUGCGGAUUGGUUCGCAAGUAUGUAAAAUCUUAUUUACACCAUAUAAAAAUCUGCAAUGGUGAUAAUAAUGAGGGAUCCAAUGAAGAUUCAGUAGUUUUGAAUUCGUCUACGACUAAUGUAAAUAUUUUAAAUGAUUUGGGAGUCAAAGGCCCUGUACAGUGUGGUGUCUGCAACAACACAGUGGAAGAAAACCAAUGGAUUACACAUAUCCAACAAGAACACGGAUAUUUAGCUAGGGUUAGUGGACAACCGCCUUUGGACGUAAAUGACUCGGAUAUGGUGUAUGAGCAUUUAUAUACAAUUUUGAAGAAAACUGGCUCCCUGAUGUGUAAUGUUUGUGGUUUAAUACGCAAGUACGUUAAAAAAUAUAUGGAACAUGUACAGUCGUGUACUAAGAAAAAUCUUACGAAUGAAGAAGGAAUGUAUGUGUGUGCCGUGUGCAAUGAAAAAGUCCUCCCGCUAGAUUGGAAAAAUCACUCCAUGGACAAACAUUACAACGUCGCGUGGGUUGUUGGCGACAAACCAAUUGAUUUAACGAGUACGUACGGUGCAGAAAAAAAUAUAAAGGAAUACAAGGAAAAAUAUGGUGAAUUGGUUUGUAAAACUUGUGGCGUGUCCAGAUCUUCAUAUAUGGGGUUCUAUGCUCAUAUAAUUACGUGCGGGAAAACUGACGAGGAGACGGAAAUGUAUAAAGUCAUGUGCGACAUAUGCAAUUGUAAAUACUUGUCUAUAUAUAAGAGUCAACAUAUGGGUAUGCACAGAGAACAGGAAUAUGCUAAAGAACGUAAACAGAGAGCCAUAGCAGCACAGGGGAAAGAUAAGGACGAUGUAUUAACUGUUACUGGUCCAAGGAGAGCAGCUGUAAAGGCCAAAAGUGUUAUUGAUAACUACAAAGAAAUCAGUGAAUUUAAGUACAAAUGUUCGGAGUGCGGUUUCGGAACAGACGUAGAAAUGAAAUUUUCUCGUCAUAAAUGUAAAAAACAGGAUUUCAAAUGUGUAUCUGAUUCAGAGAACUCCGAAGAAUCUGAGGAUGAAUCUGAUGAUUCUGAUGUCGACUCCGAUAUUUCUGACGAAGAAGAACAGACACAAAUAAAAAGACGGAGAAGGCGUGGUGGAGAAACAAAUGCGUCCUCGAAAAUAUCAAGGAUACCGUUCGCAAUCAAAGACAUUAAAAGCUAUUUAGAAGAAGGUUUCAAUGAUUAUACCAAAUUAAUUUUAACAUCAGAAAAGUUGUUUCCCCAAUUCCAAGAGUGUGAAUUCGAGGCUGUGAGUAAAGACGAAGAGUCUCAGUACUUACCGCUCUUAAAAGAAUCCUGCAAAGUGAAAUUUUCCAGUGCUGAGUGGAUGACGUAUAACAGAUUUGAGGCUAAGAAAAAAGGAGAAGUAACGAGCAUGUUCGUGGGUGGUAGCAUACAGCGCUUGUCGUGGGUACCACCCCUCAGAAUCGCCCGUCAUGACGAAGGAGACGCAUGUAAACAGUUCGUGUCUGUCGCUUGCCACUGCGACGCCGACUGUCCUCGAAACGAGCCAGAUCAAUUGAUCACACAAAAGUCUCUCAUACAGAUUUGGGACUUAGGCUACUUGAAUGAUGAGGACGUACCGGAGUUUGUUUUAGGUUUAGCUCUGGACUACGGCACUGUUUGGGCUACGGACUGGUGUCCAUCUGGUGCACGAGACAUUUUUCUAAAAUCCCAUACAAAACCUGAUAGCUUUUUGAGGAUUGGUUUGUUAGCUGUAGCAUGUUCAAAUGGUCUCGCUUAUAUAUUUUCCGUGCCAUACCCUUCAUCAAUCACAAAAAGUGAUCAAAAAAUAUAUAAAUUGAAACCAGUAGCAGAACUCAGAUUUGCAAUGAAUUCGGAUAGAAAGAAAUAUCAAGCGUCAUCCAUUUGUUGGUCUAAGCAAAAAGACCAUACUACUGUAAUCGUCGGUUACGCGGAUGGAUCCAGUGCAUAUUUCGAUCUGAAUACUGAGUCACCACUCUUGCGCACUGUCGAAAACGGUGUUACUGUACUGUACCCAUACUACGACGAACGCCCUCUUAAUUCUUGUAUAACAGACAUAUCGACAUAUCCGAACAUCGGGCAGGAGGGUAGCGCGGGAGUGGCGGCGCUCGUGGGCCCGACGGGGGCAGCGCUGGCGACGCGGCCGGCGGCCGCGCCCCCGCGACUGCAGCUGCACCUCGCGUACUCCUCUGUCGCCUUCGCGCCUGGCUGGCCCACCGCUAUGAUCUCCGGGGACGAGGCUGUCAUGAACCAGUCGGCGAACGAGCUGGAGGUUUGGGGCUGCGGUCGUCGAUUGGGGCUGAUGCAGGCGUGCUGCGGCUGCGAGCGAUGCGGUUGUGUGGUGGCGUACAUGCCGCCCUAUAUGCGCACCAUGCGCAUACAUCCCGCUCGGGGUGAACUUAACAAAAAGCCUCUAGCUGUGUUAAAAAUGAUGGAAUUAAAUGGACGCAAAAGAAAACACGUCAAAGAUGAACUUGCAAUCAAACUGGAACCGCUUACAUAUGAAGCCGCCAUUGAAAAGUACGGGAUAGAACUAACCCUUGCCACUAGGAAGAAUAAGAAUGAAUUAUAUCAUGCGAUGCAGAGCGCAAAAGAUGUGUUUCCGGAGCGGUUUCCUCUAUCGGAUGUGGCAACACUAGCUUUUUGUCCAUCAGGUGAACACCAUAGGACUCUGGCAGUCGCCACACAUGCUGGCCUGGUAUUUUUUCUCAAAGUAUGAUACAAUACUAAUUUUUAUUAUAUUUUAAUUAUAGCCAAAAUUGAAAAAGUUCGAUUUUGUAUGUUAUUGCUAACAGGAUCUCAUAAUAUAUCCGUAUAUGGAGCUUUUAAACUGUUUGUAAAGGUAACAUUAUAUUUAUUAAAUUACUAUUACUAUUUUAUAAAAUAUAAAACAAAACAAAUAUGUACUCCUUUAAAUUUUAAUACAUUGCUUAUAUACAAUUUUGUACGAAAUUUAUUAAUAAAAAAUAUGCUAUAAUUAUUUUUGUUACCAGAAGGUAACAUAUUCGUUUAAUCGUUGUUUCCAUGUUCACAAUGCACUAAGUCAUUUUCUACAUUAAUCCAUAAACAUGAAUUCAAUUUUAUUUUACGUUUUAUUAAUGUUUAUUUAUUUAAUAUGUAUAUGAUAGAAAUAUUUGAAAACUUACGUCGAGGUAAUUAAAAUUCUCUUUUAUUAAUUUCUUUCGGAUUAUAAUUUAAAUUGAUGUUGCAAUUUUAGUUCUCGGCAAUAGCUUCACUAAGUCGUUUUUUGAAUCGAUAUGUACAUUAUUUGUAGAGCACGUCAUGUGGGAAUGACGGUUUUGAGAUUAAGGGAUAUUUUACGAAAAUAACCUUUUGUGUAUAUUAUGUAUAGAGAUCUAUUUGUAAAUAUUAGUUCUAUCGAUUUUAGUUUUUAUAUUACGUUAGUUAUGUUCUUUGCCUAUAAAGUAUUACGUAGUAGGUAAUCAGUUGACAUAGAGUUGAGAAUAUUGAAAAUGCUAUGUAUAUAUUUAUAUAUAUUUUAUUGAUAUUGUAUUUAUUGAUAUCUUAGUAACGUAUGAGUUAGUACCAUUGGCAUUAUAGUGCGUUCUGUUAUGUCUAUGGUGAUGUUUAUGUCUGUAGGUGACGGUUUCUAGUUUCCAUCAGAUAGGCCGUGGACAACUUGUUUGCUAUUCAAUAUUGUAUAACAAAUAUAGUAUGUUCAUAAAGGAUUAUCACCACCGGAAUAUUUGGCUAUUUAGUUGUAAUGUUAUAUUUGAUUGGUCGAAUUUUGUGGAAAGCAAAUUUCAAUACUCUCUACUUAGUUUGUAAAAUUACUAUACUUGUAGAUAUAAAAUAACUACAAAUACUUUGUGAUACUUAAUGUAAUUAUGUAUAAUAUGCAAUAUAAUUACACGUAUGUAUCUAUAAUGCACUGAAACAAUUCACAUGUUCUUAUUUUCGUUGGUCAUUUAAAAUUAUAUACGUUCCUGUCUGUUUUUUAAAUGGAGCUUUCUUCCUGGAUGCGUAGUUUUUUUGGUAAUAUGCAUAUAGGUUACCUACUAAAUUUUAAGGUGCGUUAAGCACAGCAAAACUCUUCAGUCUUAUUAUUUCUUCACACUGUUGAUAUAUAUAUAUAUAUAUAUAU